AUGCCUUGGUAUAAGACCCAAAGCGAGGUAGCCACGAUGACGUAUAUUAGAGAGCACACAAAGAUCCCAGUUCCACAAGUUUUUGCGUUCGACUCGUCCAUGGAUAACGCCCUCGGGCUCGAAUGGAUUUUGAUGGAGAUGGCCGAGGGGCGGGAGUAUGAGCAGAUCGAAGAAGACUUGUCGCCGGAAGAGGACCAAGAUGCGAUUUAUGGGAAGGUUGCAGAGUGGACCCAUGAACUCCAAGGCCUCGGAUUCGACACAAUCGGAAGCAUCUAU